ACCGCCGACUUUAUUAUCUAUGCUAAUUUUUAUUCCUAGCGGACAACGUCCGUUCACAAUUUCCUAUAAAAGGGAUGAAUCUUCUAAUGGGUAUUUAUUGAUUUAUAAUCGACCGGCGUUCAACAGCGGAUUUUGUUCAGGACUUCAAAACCAGGGAAACAUGCGGUGGCAUUCUACUCUUUUCUUUCUUUUUGUUGCUGUCUUAAAAUUUUCGGAGUCUGUUCCAAUUGCAGAACGGAAUAAAUUAAUUUUAUAUCAUGGAUCAAACCAGCCUGAAAUCUACCAAGUUGCGGAAGGGACGCAAAUUUUAAAAAGUCAAAAUUUCGACAAUUCAAAAAAGACCGUCAUCUACGUUCAUGGAUAUAUUGAAAAUCAAACAUCCGUCAGUGUCCGAACAGUUGUUGAGGCGUAUAACCAAAGGAAUGACUACAACAUCAUCACAUUGGAUUGGAAGGAGGAUGCGUCAGGAAGUUACCUUUUCAACGCUUUCCCCAACUCUAUGAAGGUAGGCGACGUCGUAUCAAAGGCUGUUCUCAACAUGAUUGAAGAAGGUCUCAGCGUAGAGAGGUUGCAUUUGGUAGGGCAUUCAUUAGGAGGGCAAAUGGUAGGCAGAAUUGGAGGUGAAGUUAAGAGAAGAUCCGGUGGGCGAGUUGUGCUAAAACGUAUUUCUGCAUUGGAUCCUGCCUUCCCUGGUUUCUAUGGACCGUUCCUGAAACACAUAACAAAAGAUGAUGCUGAAUUCGUUGAUGUUAUUCAUACAGAUGCUUGGAUUUAUGGUGCUCCAGCAAGCACAGGAACUGUAGACUUUUGGCCCAAUAGUGGAUCAGCUUUACAGCCCGGGUGUCCUACAAGACACGACAUAUUCCAGUUGGAUGAAAACGAUCUUUGUAGCCAUUGGCGAUCAUGGCGCUACUGGGCAGAGAGUCUUAAUCAGAAGAACUCUCAACAAUUCCAUGCAGUUCCUGCCAAAAACUGGAGAUCGUUCAAACAAGGAAAUGUUGGUGAAUAUGAUCCAAAAGUGGUUAUGGGCAAUGAAUGUCCUUCGAGUGCAUCUGGUGAUUACUACUUGCAAACCAACGCUGAAGCUCCAUUCGCUCGUGGUGAAGCUGGUACCAGCUACACUUCCGAUGAAAGAAUAAUGUCAGAUGUCAACAGCAAUUUUAUCGACAAUGAACAUUUAGGAGAUUCACUUGGCAAUUAUAAUGAAAAGACUUAUGCAGAAUCGCCAUCUUAUUAAUCCAAUAUGACACAUAUGUAAAUAUCUUAUAUAUAAAUAAGUACGUAGUAUAGAAUUCCCUGCAGAAUAAAAAGCAUAAAACCAUAAUAAAA